CCCCAUCCCCGGGUCCCGACCUCAGCGCAGGCUCUGAAUGCCGCGCACUGAAGCAGCUCAGCCCCUCUGCGAGCGCAGGCACGAGCCCCAGCAGCCCGCUGUUGGUUUCAGUGCCCGCUUCCCUCCCUGUGCCCCUUUGCCCCCUGCCUUCACUGCCAGCUCCCGCCUGGGGAGCGCUGCUUACCCCCUUGUCCCAACCCUGCAGCCCUCAGGCUUUUGGGGACCCCGGGCCCUGCUGCCACCUCCUGUGUCCCCGACUCCGACCUGCUCCCCACAGCCUGGGACUGGAAGGACUUGCUUCUCCAGAGCCCUCCCAGGAAGGGAGACGUGCAGCCCCCUGCCCGUUUCUCCCCUUUCCUGCACGGGGACCCUUUGGCAUGGCUGUAGCUCCAGCCCUGAGCUCAGGCUGCUCCAGGUGCUUGGGGUGAAGAAAAAGUGAGUGAGGGGCCGGCAGGAUGGGAGCCCAGGAUGCCCAUUCCAGAGAGCACUGCGCUGGUGAUCUUUUGGGAAGAGGGCAAUGCUGAGGCCAUCUGGUGCCUGGUCUGUAGUGACAGAAGAAGGGGAAAUGACUUCAAACUAAAGGAGGGGAGAUUUAGAUUGGAUAGAAGGAAGAAGUUCUGUACGCCAAGGAUGGUGAGGCACAGGCACAGGUUGCCCAGAGAGGUGGUGGGUGCCCCAUCCCUGGUGACAUUUAGGUCAGGCUGGAGGGGCUCUGAGCGCGUGAUGGAGCUGUGGGUGUCUCUGUUUGUUGUCGGGGGCUUGGACCCGAUGGCCUUUGAAGGUCCCCGUCCCUUCCAACUCAAACCAUAAUGUGAUUCUAUGAAGGUUGCCGCCAACUCCAACGAUUCUGUGGUUCUGACCCGCAGGCACCAGGGCCCAUGGCUCCCUACCGCAUCCGGCUGUACCGCGACGAGGACUACGAUGCCGUGCGCUCCCUGUUUGCCAGAGGCAUCAUCGAGCACGCUCCGGCCAUCUACCGGCAUGUGCUGCGCUUGCCGCGGGUGCAGCUGGGGCUGCUGGCCCUGUUCACGGCCGUGCGCGCCGUGUGUGGCUGCUGGCUGCUGGCGGUGGGAGCCAUGGCGCUGGUUCUGGCAGCCGCCUGGCCUCUGAUGCGCUCCUUCAGCACGUCCUAUGUGCAGGAGGCGCUGGCCACUGAUCUCUGCGACAUCCACAGCUCCUACAUGCGGGCGCCCGACUCCUGCUUCUGGGUGGUGGAGGCUGGCGGGGAGGUGGUGGGCAUAGUGGCCGCGGCCCCGUCGCAGGACCCGGCGCAGCACGGCAAGGCCAUGGAGCUGAAGCGGAUGUCUGUCAGUAAGCAGUACCGCGGCCGCGGCAUCUCCAAGCUCCUGUGCGGGGAGGUGCUGCGCUUCGCCCAGGCGCGGGGCUACAGGGCCGUGGUGCUGUACACCUCCAUUGUGCAGGUGGUGGCUCAGCAGCUGUACGAGCGCCAGGGCUUCAGGAAGGUGGCUGAAACCAGCCCCUCGCUGCUUGCUAGCCUGGUCUGCUUCCAGAUCCUCCAGUACCGCCUCGAUCUGCCCGGCCGCCCCUAGGGCCUUGCCUGUUCCUGUUGCACUGAGAAAUAAAGAGAGACCUUGGGAAGGGUGUGA